CCUUAAUUUAAUUCUGUGUCUCUUUGUGCUCUCAAGCAAAGUCUCAAAUCACUCCUCCUCCUCUUCUUCUUCUUCUUCUUCACCCUUCUGAUCUGCUGAUUCUUCAGGUAUUCAAAAUUGGGAGCUUUUGGUUUGAAUUGUGAUGUCUCGGCCGCUGCUGAGCAUGGGGGAUGAGGAAUGUCAAAGCAAUGUCACUUCUUUGGUUUCUUCCUCAGCCACCAUGGAAAGUGUUUGUCUGAAUAGCUCAAAAUUAAAAGAGCACAACUACAUGGGAUUAUCUGAUUGUUCAUCUGUGGACAGUUCAGUUCCAUCCUUCUCAGAUGAGAGUAAAAGUAAUCUGAACCUUAAAGCUACUGAGCUCAGACUGGGGCUUCCAGGAUCACAGUCUCCUGAAAGAGAUUCAGAUCUUUGCUUGACAAGUUCAACUCAAUUUGAUGAAAAACCACUGUUUCCUUCAAAGCCUGCUGUUUUGGGUAACAAAAGAGGGUAUUCAGAUGCCAUUAAUGGAUUCUCAGAGGAUAAAUUGCUUGUUAGAUCGGAGGUCAACGCGAUGUUGAAACCUAGCUCUGUGCUUGAGAAUGUUGGGGCUCAACAAGCCAAAGCCAAGGAAGUAGCAACAGCGAAGGUUAGUCUUGAGAGGCCUCAUGCUGUCAAUGAAAGCAGACCAAGUCUUAAUGGUUCUGCAAAUAAUCAUAGUAGUGCACCAGCUACCAAGGCACAGGUUGUUGGUUGGCCUCCUAUAAGAUCAUUUAGGAAAAAUUCAUUGACUACUACUUCAAAGAAUAUUGAAGAAGUAGUUGGAAAAGUGGGUUCUGGGGCAUUGUUUGUGAAGGUCAGUAUGGAUGGUGCUCCUUAUUUGAGAAAAGUAGACUUGAAGAAUUACACUGCAUAUACAGAACUAUCUUCUGCUCUGGAGAAGAUGUUCAGCUGUUUUACCAUAGGUCAAUGUGGAUCUCAUGGAAAUAUGGGCGGGGAGAUGCUGAAUGAAUCCAAGCUGAAGGAUCUCCUUCAUGGGUCAGAAUAUGUUCUUACUUAUGAGGAUAAAGAGGGCGACUGGAUGCUCGUGGGUGAUGUACCCUGGGAGAUGUUUAUUGAGACAUGCAAGAGGCUAAGGAUCAUGAAGAGCUCCGAUGCCAUUGGAUUAGCGCCUAGAUCUGUUGAAAAGAGUAUGAGCAGAAACUAGGAAGUAUCAAUCGUUAAACUGUAUCCAUCAAACUGUCAACGGGGUUAAAAAGCUUCUGGCCUAUGGAGGGUAGCAGAUCAAGGAAGGACAUAAUGGCUUGGGGGCGAGAACUGAAUGUGUGUUGUUCUGAACAGAAUUUCAUACUAAGCUGCCUUAAUCAUGAUGUUAUUUACUAUCACUGUUUUCUGUUGUCAUGACGUUUUAUAUUCCAUAAGUUUUUCUAAUGAUUGUCACAGCUUAUAAAACCCCCAGACCUGUCUGUGGAGGUUUUUAUAUUCUAUGUGCCCAAGUUCAUGUUCUAGUGAAGGAUUUGCAGUUUGUAAAUUGCAUCAUCCCUUCUGUGUUUGUGAUUUAAGUUUGAUAAAAAAAAAAAAACCAAGAAGUUAUAUGUAAUGCACCUGUUACAGUUUCUGUUGCCU